CCGUGUGUCUGUCUCUUUGCUCAUCAUCAUUGUUCAUCCAGCUGCUCGGCUGGCGAUGGCGACCAACACCAUGGCAGCAGCAGCGACUGCAACAACAACCAACCUGCCACCGCCACGUCGUGCAUCAUCGCUCGAUCAUCUGCUUCUCAACGCACCUAUCUCAGUCCCUUCCUCUCGCUCGGCAGGCCUCGGACAAUCGGAUCCUCAUCUGACCGAGAAUAUUCAUCACCAUCGUGCCGACCCAUUGAGAUCCAUAUCAAAUCGACCAGAUCUACCUCGGUAUACAGGUCCAACUUGGUUUCCUUUUCCAGGGGUAUCCCCUCCCGCCGCCGCCGCUCUCGACCUUCAUCGUUGUCCACAGACUACGCAGCAGCAGCACUCAUCAUCAUCAUCAUCAUCAUUAUCCCCUCAAAACCAUUUCGCAGGCACUUUUCACGCCCUUGGCAGUUUACCCUUCGGCGCAGAUUAUGGCAGUCUUCCAUCUCGAUCGACAUCGACAGUGGCUUCACCUAAACCUAUCUCUGUAGAAAUGGAUGCACGUCUCUCCGAUUACGCUUCGGGUCCUUCGAGACGAGUUUCAUUCGGGAUGGAAGCGUUGAGUGAAGCUGCAGCGACCAGAAUGAGAGAAGAUCGAUCAAGACCGAUGGAAUCAGGAUCAUCUUCUUCAAGCUCAGCAACAGUGAGACCAACGAUUUCGCGUCAACGAUUGCCAGAACCUAGAUCUAGUGGGCAUGCUCGACCGUUAUGGGAUGAAGAAUAUGAUUCAAGUAGGCGGAGGGUCGAUCAGGAUCGAUCGAGGUAUCAACAUGAGGAUGAGGGUGAUGAUGAAGAGGAGACAGAGCAGACCAGAUGGUCAGCUGAACGGCGGCGAGGCAGUCAUAGUCCUGUCAAACGGAAACGAGAGGAUGUCCAGAGGGAUAUCGACGAUUUGAGAUUACACAUUGAUGAACUCAUCCAGCUCAUGAGACCCUUCGCUGCAACAUCCUCCACGACUCAACCCGCUCAACCUCCUCUUUACCUCCGAAACCACUUUCACCGCAUGUCCAAACUGAUCAGCUCAUCCCUCUAUGAUAUGUCUGAUCUUGUCGAUCCAAAUCUAUUACCCGGUUUCCGCCCGACGCCCCUCAUGCAAUACCCUUUCCACGGUCCGAAUGGAGGGAAAAGCGAUGCCGAGAGAGAGAUGGAUGUGAUACGCAAACGUCGAGACAUGUUGAUGGCUCGUGCAGCCGCUCAGGCCAAAACGGCUCAACACGAGGUCGAACAACGACAACAACGAUCAACUUCUGCAGAAUCAGUCUCGUCAGAUUCGGGAUCCAGAUCUCCUAGUCCCGCUUCCCUCCCCGAGCCUCAGGAUGCACGCAUCAACGAUGCGGUCAUUGGAGACGGUGAAUUGGAAUCUCACUCCUCCCACUCGAGAUCCCGAAUAGAUCCAAGAGAUGGAACACCACUAGGCAGAUGUCAUGGGUGUGGAUGGUCAGGCUUCGCCAUGGCAUGGAGGGAAGGUCCUGAUGGCCCAAAAAGUCUGUGCGAGCCGUGUGGAGUGAGUCUGGCGAGAGCCGCAAGUCGAAACGAGGAUCGUGCUGAAUGAAAUCCCCUUCCAGUUACAUUACGCCAAACUAUGUCGGUCUGCCGCUUCACCUCGAUCAUACGAGAAGAGCUUUUCGUCCCAUCGUAUAC